AUGGCGGGUGCUCCUGCAAUCGUCGCCGCCGCCGAUUCUUACGACCGCGAUUGGGCGGGGCUGCCGGAGGAAAUAUUCCUGAUGUUCAUGCGGGAGCUGGAGAUCCCCGACCUCGUCCGCUCAGGUGCUGUCUGCACCUCGUGGCAUGCUGCUUACCUAGCUGUCCGCCGCCAUCACUUCCCCCUUCCGAUCCCCCGGAAUCAGCUCCCCUGCCUGGUCUACGCAUGCCGCAAUUCCGCCACAGACGGCGCCGUCGUCUGCUGCCCCUUCACCGGCGACUCCGUCCGAGUCCCCCUGCCGCAGCCCCCGCUCACCCGCCACUCCACGGUCGGCUCCGCGCACGGCUGGCUCGUCACCGCCGACGAGGCCUCCAACCUCCACCUCCUCAAUCCUAUCACGGGCGCCCACGUCGCGCUCCCGCCCAUCGCCACUCUCCACCACGUCGAGAGCUGCACCGACACCCAAGGCCGCCUCAUGUACAACGUCUUCGACAGGGGCGAUCCCGAGCCGACCCCCUUUGACGCGCGCGAGGCCAGGGACUGCAUGUACCACCGUGUCACCCUCUCCUACAGCCCGGCGGCUGGGAGCGCCUGCAUCGUGCUGCUGGUGCACAUGUCGAUCGGCGAGCUCUCCUAG